CUCUCGGAGGCUGAACCUGUGGUGUCCUAUCCCAUUUAGCUCUUGGGCUUUUAACACAUUGUGAUUGGGAUAUUAUUAGAAGCAUUGGAUUAUGAUUUAGGAUUAAGCCCUGAUUGAUUUGUAUGUCCCAGCAGGAAAAGGAUCACACUUUUAUUGUUUGUUUUCAUCUUUAUGAUGAGAGUCCUUACUGUGUUUUCUUUUGUCAUGAGGUGUGAGAGAGGAGAGAUUCCAACAUCUUAUGCCUCCCAGGAUUUGAGGACACAGAUUAUGAGGACAUUCAUUUAUUUAGUUUCUUCACACAAACAGUCUUCCUCCUCCUCUUCUCUUUGCCUGACUGGCUGCUGAGCUGAGCUGACUGGCUGGCUGGUUUGCUCCCCCUCUCACUGGACUCUCACCAUCAGAUUCCUCAUUCAGAGUGUGAGCUUCAGCGAGGCAGAGUGGGAGUAAGGGGCUCAGCAUCCUCAGGGUUCAGUUAAGUGGGAACCUGCGUUAUUUUUUGUUGUUUUUGUCUUUUUUUUCUAUGCACCUUUUAUUUGCUUUUUUGUGGGAAUUAGAUGUGAGCAGAGGAAAAUCUCUGACUCUUUCAGCACAGAUUACUGACCCUUACCCCUGUGCUGCAUCCAUGACUUUGCAUACCUGGUUAGUGUAUGGAUUUGGGAUUAUAUUGGUUUGGAUGCUCUGCUCGACACAAGUCCAGGGUCUGCAGUGCUAUGGCUGCAACAUCAUCCAUGGCCAGAGGUAUGUGGACUUGGGCUGCUCCAACCCAGAGGUCAUCACCUGCACCCACUCACACAAUGGCUUCAAACACCGAUUCUGCAUUAAGACAGAAAGCAUUGCCCUGGGUAUCGCCCUGACCAGUGGCUGUGCUACAUCCAGACACUGUCAGCAACAAGAGCUGCCAGGGGUGCGAAUUCACUGCUGCGACUCUGACCUGUGCAACAGCACCCCACUGUGGCAUCCAAGCACACUCCAUUAUGUCUGCUCACUGGGUGUCAUCCUACUGAGGUUAUGGUGGUGAUCUGAAGCUGCAGUGGGACUAACCUUCAGCGUCACUGGACUGCGCAUCUCAAAGUCUCAGUGUUAUUCAGUGUGGUGUUACUUGAACGCAGCUCAUAGAUAAGGCCAUAUCACAUCCUUGGCUUGGACUAAGAAUCAAAGGGAGGAAUCACAAAAUAUCUCAUAAACAUGUUUGAGGAAAAGAAAGAUGUAACAUUUUACAUCCAUCUGCGAACUUGUGCACUAACACUUAUUCAAAUGUAGCAUUAAGCAUGACAUUUUAUGGAUUGUUUGUGUUAGAGUUUUACUGUAUGUUCAGUGAAAAAGAUGUGUCACAUAAACACACAUUAAUAACCCAUAAAAAUAAAGAUACCCAUAUUAACCCAUCAAAAAUAAAUAAUCCAUAAAUAACAUUAAUGACCCAUGGAAAUGUUUAUUCUAGCUUUAUGAAAUCUUACUUUUACUUAAAAGCAUAUCUUUCUCUCUGUUUAAAGGGGUUUGCUUUAGUUUUCAAGAUCCAAUAAAUGCUUGAUGUUGUCUUUAAAAUUCAUUGUCUAUUUACUUUACUAUGUAUUUUUUCAUUUUGGUUUGUGCUGCAGUACAACCGGCCAGCUGGUGAGAAACUUAAAGAUCUUCUAUGAAACGCUGAUUAGUAAGAGCAUGUAUUGUUGUGAAUUUAAUCAAUAAAUGUUUCAUAUUUUUCAAAGGAAAA